GACUCGCGGGAGCGCGCACAGGCUCAAAGCGGAAAUGAAGCGGAUGUCACAGCAGCACAUGAUCUGCAGAUUCACAGUGUCUGUUUCUCCGGGUGUUUGUCUGGGGUUGUGAUGGGGAAAUAUUUCAUCAGCGAGACAGACAUCAAGACCUCGUGGGAAUUUGUGUUGACCGCAUUCUGGCAAAGAUACCCAAACCCUUACAGCACUCACGUUCUGACGGAGGAUGUGCUUUUCCGUGAGGUGACAUCAGAUAACUGCCUUCUCUCCCGCCGGCUGCUCACAAAGACCAAUCGGCUCCCUCGGUGGGCGGAGUGCAUCUUCCCAGCGAACCUAUCAAGUUCUGUUUACAUCAUAGAAGAUUCUGUCAUUGAUCUCGACAGCAGACGCUUCACCACACUGACCUGGAAUGUCAAUCAUGCUAAAUUAAUGCGUGUAGAGGAGCGCUGUGUGUUCUUCAGUGAUCAGAACAGACCUGUGUGGACUAGACUGACCAGAGAGGCUUGGAUCUCAUCAGGAGUGUUCGGACUCUCCAGACCCAUCCAGGAGUUUGGUUUGGCCAGAUUGAGAAGUAAUCAGAUGAAGGCUAUGAAGGGUUUAGAGCAUGCGCUAUCACAUCUACAGAAAACAUCAAGCUCACAUCAUGGGGACUCAACAGAGAAACCCAAAACCUGCAGUUCUGCCUCCACGUCCCAGAAACCUCAGCAAUAUGUUUGAUCAACAUACCAUUGAGUGUCUGUGAACACGUAAAAAAAACAUGUCCAGGUCACAUUUUGUUAAUACUCAUGACUGUUAUCCACAGAGAUUACAUUCUGAUUCAAGUAAUCAAUAAUAAUUUAAUUUGACUUCAAAUUCAAUUCAAAUCAUUUUAGUAUUUAUAGAUCAAGAAUGUAUUUGUUUGAUUUGUUUUACACGUCUUCUGUGAAUUGAAUCACUGUAUAUCAGUGUUUGUCCAUUAGAAAUAUAAUGUUUGAUGUAGUAAAGUGUAUUAGACUCUUUUUUUAUGUUCAUGAAAAUGUACAUUUACAUGUAAAGAAAAAAGAAAUUUUGUGACCCGGACAUGUUUUUACGAGAUUUACGCAUAAAACAAGCGAAUGAUUCCAGAAGAAUCCUGUGCUGUGAAUGUGUUUAAUAGCUGCUAAAGGUUAAGCUCAGGUAACAGAGCUUCAUGAAGUCUGAGAUGUUUUCUGUGCGUGUCAAUCAUCAGUCUGUUUGCUUUGCAUAGAACUAACACUCAUGACGCAGGACACCGCAUGAAAACGCAUGGAAUAAUGCAUCAGCAGGCAUGUAGAGAACUUCUGACAACCACAUGAUGUCAUGUAACAUAUUUAUAUUUAUUUGAAAAUGUAGCUUUAUUAAAAAAUAAACUCAGGGACACUUUAUAAAGGUUAAAAAUUGA